AUGCAAGAAGGCAUACGUUUUGCUUCAUCAGGAGAUGACAUUAAAAUAUGGGAUUCCUCAUCUCUAAGUGUGUUGGAGCAGUUCAACCCGCAUACACCCACACAUCCAGUCAGCUCGCUGUGUUGGGCCAGCAAUAACAGAUACCUGGCCACUGCUUCUGCUGCUGGUGAUAAAAUAGUUCUUUCAAGCUGUAAAAGCAAACCUGUGCCGGUCUUUGAAAUAGCUGAAGGAGCAAAACAGACCUAUGUGAGCUUGAAUUCUAGUUCUUCAUAUAUUGUGAGUGGAGGCCUUGAUAACACAGUUAAUAUCUGGGAUCUGAAAUCCAGAAAGCUUUACCGUAGCCUUAAGGAUCAUAAAGAUGAAGUCACGUGUGUUACAUAUAAUUGGAAUGAUUGCUACGUUGCUUCUGGAUCUUUGAGUGGUGAAAUUAUCCUACACAGUGUUACCACUAAUUUAUCAAGUACUCCCUUUGGUUAUAACAGCCGUCAGCCUAUUCGACACUUGAAAUAUUCAUCCUUUAAGAAAUCCUUGCUGGGCAGUGUUUCUGACAGUGGUGUUGUAACUCUGUGGGAUGUAAAUAGCCAGAACCCAUAUCAUAAUUUUGAAAAUACUCAUAAAGCACCAGCUUCAGAAAUCUGCUUUUCUCCAGUCAAUAAGCUGCUGCUUAUAACUGUAGGUUUGGAUAAAAGAAUUAUUCUCUAUGACACUUCAAGUAAAAAGUUACUGACAACAAUAGUAGCUGAUUUUCCUCUCACAACAGUAGACUUCAUGCCUGAUGGUACUACUUUGGCUAUAGGAUGUUCCCGGGGAAAGAUCUGCCAGUAUGACUUAAGACAACUGACAUCACCAGUGAAAACAGUUACUGCUCACAAAGGCUGUGUGAAAUGCAUACGUCUUCAGUUCAGUAGCACUUUUUCCAAGUCUAACCUUAUGGGUUCUUCAAAUAAACCUGUAUCCAAAAGAGUAGAAGUCAAAGCUGGUAGUAAUCUUGGAGGACUUCAAAAUACCGGCAUCAAAAAUGUUGCCUCUCAAGCAUCAGCAACAGUUUCAUCUCAUUUGACGUUGCCAAAUGAGAAUAAGGGAGGAGAGGUUCUUCAGGAGAAAACAGGCUUUCCCCAUAGUUGCAGCUUGGAUGUGAUUCCAUCUAAAGAAACAGAUCAUGGGAAAAGUGCUGAUUUAAAGAAUGUUAAUGAUUUGGGUCGAAGUAGUUUAGGAGAUGUGUUUUCUCCAGUCAGAGAUGACAUUAUUACAAGUAAAGUGAAUGAAGAUCCUCAAGGAAAAGGAGAUGGUUCAGAUUUUCAGUCCUACCUUUUGGAUCUUCUGCCGCAGCUCCCCACUGCCUUACCAGUAAAAAGAAACCCCGUGGGCAGCAGCGCGCAAGGGAUACGGUCUAGCCCGUUAAGUGCACUUGUGAUAUCUCCAGUUAAAGAGGAGGAAGAACAUCUAGAGACUGACAGUAAGAAAAUAUAUCUUGGAAAGCAAGAAUCUAAAGAAGUCCUAAAGCAGCUUUCAAAAUCAAGCUCAUCAAGCGCAGAAUCUGUAACUUUAAGUCCUCCACCACCAUCCACUGCUGUAAAGGCUCCUGAUACAAAUGAGAGACUAGUGAAGAAUAGUCAGACGCAUCCUGUGUAUGAUCUACCGGUAAAUGGUACUACCUCAAUAAGUCCAAAGAUAACAUCACCUGUCACUGCUGGAGUUGCCAGUUCAUUGUCAGAAAAAAUAGUAGAAACGAUUGGGAGUAGCAGACCAAAUGCACCUCUGACAUCAAUCCAAAUAAACUUCAUUCAGAAUAUGAUACAAGAAACAAUGGAUGACUUCAGAGAAGCAUGUCAUCGAGAUAUUGUGAAUCUGCAAGUGGAGAUGAUCAAGCAGUUCCAUAUGCAGUUGAAUGAAAUGCACGCUUUACUUGAAAGGUAUUCUGUAAAUGAAAGCUUAGUAGCUGAAAUUGAGAGACUACGAGAGGAAAACAAAAGACUGAGGACUCACUUCUGAAAGAUUUACACUGCUAAUUUUAUUAGCAUGAACUCACUACAGGUGGUGUGUUGCUUAUGACAGAUCAUCCAUCAUCACUGAAGUAUUGUAUGAAGACCUGCUAUAACUUUGAACGUCAAUCUUCUAAAUAAAUAGUGUAAGAUACUGUGUGUAAUUAUAAAAUUUGUAACUGAUAAACACUGUAUAAAGAACGUUUGCCUACUCAUGCUAACCACCUUGGAAUACAUCCUUCUAACAGGAAAACUAAAAGGAUUAGUACGUUUUCAGAGUUUUAGCAAUAUGUGAAGUGCCUUUUUAUAACAAAAUCAAACUGGGACGGAUGCCUUUUCUGUAAGAAUUUUUUUAUAUACCUACUUUUCUAUCUGCUUCUUUAUCUUACUGCUGUCGGAAACAAUCACUGUAGCUUGCCUUUCAGAUAAUUUUCUUGGAGAAAAAGGGAAGAGAAAGCUCAUCUGUAUGACAUGGAGCCUGUUUAUAUGGAGCUGGAAAGUACAGUAUUCAGUUAACUUUAAUUAGCUGGCAACUCUGCUAUCCUGAGUAAAACUAGAGCUUGAAUAUAUUCCCAGAUUCAGUGCCAUGAUCUUUCUUACUGUAUUUGUAAGUCUGAAACUUGUGCUUGUCUGCUGUGAACUCUGAAGUUGCAAAUGCUACUUUAACUGCACAAUGACAUUUUUGUUACAGCUUUAGCUAUGAAAGUAGAAUUUUUUUUUAUUUAUACAUAUUUGAAUGUUGUCAUAGUUGUGUUCAAAUUGGACAAGCUUUAGACUUCAAAAUGUAAGUAUACUCAGCCAUUAAUAAUAUAGCAUUGGGUAAAUGCA